AUGCGAUGCGCAAACAAGGCCGCCGAGAGCGCGUCUGCACGUCUCUGUGCGGACGCCGAAGCAGAAACAACAGCAACUGAUGUCUCAUCGGUUGCUGAAGCGACCCAGACCGUGUCACUUGGUGAUGCAGGCGCUGGUCAUGAAGACACUCAUGUCUUCACAGAGUACGAGCUCGGUGUCUCGUACUCUCCUGAUACGGAUGACGGAUCCGUAUCGACGGCUAUCGAAUCCAAGCCGCCUGCCAAGCGUGGCAUGGAUGAUACUAUGCGUCGUAGCAUCUUUGAUUCAUCUGAUGAAUCAGAUGAACCAUCGCCAAAGCGAAGGCACUCGAAGUCACAAGACUUGGGUGCUCGCAGUGGUGUCGGUUCUCCUAUUGACACCACUUCGCAACGAGGUGCCAUUCCUUCUGUCGGCACAUCGCAGGAAGAGCGGGACCGCAAUGUCUUGCGUCUCGCUCCCGAGAAGAAGGCAUGGAUGCCUCCUAAAUCAGUCAUGGAUCAUUUGUCGGCGACGACGAGUGAUCGUUAUCGAACACGGUUGUUCGAUUCGUCAAGGAUCCAUCACCUUGACCCCAGCGCGAAAAACUAUCACGCUGAACAUGAAUUCUUCAUCGAUGCUUUCUAUAGACAUCGAUGGUACAGUGGGAUAUCACAAACGUGA